UUAUUAGCUAAAUUUUUCAAUCAUUCCUCUCUAACACUCUACAUUGAAAAUGAAUUGGUGAUUCUUAUCACUUCAACUAUCACUCUUAAAAUCCAUCCAAGCAAAAGGCCUUGGACUCAUUAUAAGGGGCAGCUAAGUUAAUGGCUUACCGAGAAACCUCUCUGUUGGUGCCUUCUGUGAAGGAGCUGCUAGCAAAGCAACCCAUCACCCAAGUUCCAGAACGGUAUGUUCGUCCAGAUCAAGACCCACCUCUAGUCUCUAACACAUACGCAGCCACUUUAUCACAACAAGUUCCUGUUAUUGACCUGCAUAAACUGUUGUCUGAACAUGAUUCUCAUGAGCUACAAAAGCUGGACCAUGCCUGCAAAGAAUGGGGUUUCUUCCAGCUGAUUAAUCAUGGAGUCAAUCCUUCACUGGUGGAAAACAUGAAGAAAGGUGUUCAAGACCUCUUCAACCUUCCAAUAGAAGAAAAGAAGAAGCUUUGGAAAACACCAGAAGAUGGGCAGGGGUUUGGUCAGUUGUUUGUUGUGUCUGAGGAACAAAAGCUUGAAUGGGCAGAUGUGUUCUACAUUAACACUUUCCCUUUAAACAAAAGGAAUCCACGCCUUAUUCCUAGUAUUCCCCAACCAUUCAGAGAUAAUCUAGAUGCAUAUAGUUCAGAACUGAAAAACAUCUGUGUCACCAUGAUUGGCCUUAUGGAGAAAGCUCUGAAGACUGAAACUAACGAAUUUGUGGAGUUGUUUGAAGAUGCAAGUCAAGGAAUGAGGAUGAAUUACUACCCUCCAUGUCCUCAACCAGAUAAAGUUAUUGGACUCAAUCCUCAUUCUGAUGCUGGGGCCUUUACCAUCCUUCUCCAAGUCAAUGAAAUGGAAGGCCUUCAAAUAAGAAAAGAUGGAAUUUGGGUUCCUAUUAAACCCCUUUCUAAUGCUUUUGUCAUCAACAUUGGAGACAUGUUGGAGAUACUAACAAAUGGAAUUUACCGGAGCAUUGAGCAUCGAGCAAUAGUCAAUUCAGAGAAGGAGAGGAUCUCCGUUGCUACAUUUCACAGGCCGACAAUGAACGGAAUCUUAGGUCCAACAACAAGUCUUGUUACUUCCGAAAGACCUGCUUUAUUCAGAAAAAUUGGUGUAGCAGAUUACCUCAAUGGUUUUCUUUCGCGUGAGCUACAAGGGAAAUCACACUUGGAAGUCGUUAGGAUCCAUGACGAGAUUGGGAAAUAGUUUAAGUUUAUAAGAAUCUGCCUGAAAUGGAAAGAUAGAAUACAAGUCCACAGACACAAACGGUUUGCUAAUUGGCAACAGUUGUAUCAGUGAAUAAGACUAAGACCUAUUGUUGAAGGCUUCAAGCUGAACAUAUGUUACAUAGGAAGCCAGUGUGAGUUAGCAAAUUUGUAUUAUGGGACAUCAAAUGUGCAUUCUUGAACUUCUUAUUUGAUGUGGUGUGUCCCCCCAACUUUCAGUACCAUAUUCAUUUCAGGAUAAAAUGUGUUUUUGUUUAAAAUACAAUUCAUUCUC